AUGCCAGCCUUGAUCUGUCGCUGCCUCCAGGCCUUGGCCGAGGCACUUAAAAUCAACAAGUGCAUCACGGACUUCAUUUUGUAUGACAACGACAUUGGCGCCGAGGGUGCCAAGGCCUUGGCCGAGACACUGAAGAUAAACGCGUCCGUCACAAACAUCGAUUUGUCCGUGAGGCAGAUUGGCGACGAGGGCGCCAAGGCCUUGGCCGAGGCACUGCAGAUCAACAAGUCCAUCACGAACAUCGAUUUGCAAUACAACCAGAUUGGCGCCGAGGGUGCCAAGGCCUUGGCCGAGGCGCUGAAGAUAAACGGGUCCGUCACGAACAUCGAUUUGCAAUACAACCAGAUUGGGGCCGAGGGUGCCAAGGAAGAGCGUGACAGGCAAGCGCGCAGAACUCCUUUCGAAACUCCAGUCCGUCUCCAGGCCUUGGCCGAGGCGCUGAAGAUAAACACGUCCCUCACAUGCAUCGGUUCGUUUGACAAGCAUGUUGGUGACGAGGGGGCCAAGGUUUGCCGCAUGGGCAUUGCAGGCUCGCUUUGUGCAGCGCAGGCUGCAGCAGGUGAAUUAAGUACGGCCUUUGCUCCUCUUGCAUCGGCAAUUUGGGCUGCAGUUGAAUCCAGUUGCUGGCCCGGCGUGCUACGUGCCGACAGGAUGGGCGUCUUCCUCACGUCGCAUGUGGAGCGCGACCCACGUGAGAAAUGCCGCUGGCCACCACUCUGCAGAUUUGCGGCGCGGUUCAGAAAGUUGAUCAGUAACCAUAUUGCCGUGUGUGUCGCUGAUGCAGUCGCUUCCUGA